GUAGGUAACUCUGUGGUUCAUGCGUGUAUUUGCGAUUACAUAUGUAGACUCGUGUAUCGCCGUUAAAAUCUGGCGGCGAGCCUUUUUCAGCUUUGCGCGAUCGUUUUAAAAAUCAUUUUGAGUAAAAACGAUCGAUUUAUCGUUACAUCAGAUCAAUUUGAGCUUCGAUACAGAGUUUCACGUUGAAAAACUGAAUGCGCUCCUCUUAACUAAGUUGGAAUCUCCCUGAAUGUGAAUUUGACCUAUCUAGGAUGGCGGGAGUAUUCGAUAUUGAGUUGCACGAUGGGGAUGCUGCAAAUCAGGACGAGUCAGAUGACGAUGUGAUUGACAAUAGAGAAGAGGAAUACAAUCAUGCUGCAACUGUAAGCGCUAUAUUAGAAUCCGACAACUUGGAGAGGGUUCAAUUGUCUGAGCAAAAUGUCAAUCCUGGUCAAGAGAAGGCUGGUCCACAAGAUUUUGAAUUGUGUAAGAUUUUAGGAGAGGGUGGCUAUGGAAAGGUCUUCCAAGUGAGGAAAGUCACUGGAAAGGAUAAAGGCAGUAUCUUUGCUAUGAAAGUACUACGCAAAGCAUCUAUUAUACGAAAUCAGAAAGAUACCGCGCAUACUAAGGCCGAGAGGAAUAUCUUGGAGGCUGUAAAACAUCCAUUUAUCGUAAAUCUCAUGUAUGCCUUCCAAACUGGUGGUAAAUUAUAUCUUAUCUUGGAGUAUCUAUGUGGUGGAGAGCUCUUCACGUACCUUGAUCGUGAAGGUAUCUUCUUAGAGGAUACAGCUUGCUUUUAUCUGUCGGAAAUUAUCCUGGCCCUGCAACAUCUUCACAAUCAGGGAAUAAUAUAUAGGGACUUGAAGCCAGAGAAUAUUUUGCUAGAUGCCGAGGGUCAUGUUAAGUUAACAGAUUUUGGCCUUUGUAAAGAGCACAUACAAGAAGGCACAGUGACACAUACAUUCUGUGGAACGAUAGAAUACAUGGCUCCAGAGAUUCUAACUAGGAGCGGUCAUGGUAAAGCUGUAGAUUGGUGGAGUUUAGGUGCUUUGAUGUUCGACAUGCUUACAGGAAUGCCACCGUUCACUGGAGACGACCGAAGAAAAACUAUCGAGAAAAUCUUACGCGGAAAGCUGAGUCUUCCACAAUAUCUGACGCCAGAUGCCCGAGAUCUCAUUCGAAAACUCUUAAAGAGACAAGUUGUUCAAAGAUUGGGUUCAGGUCCGGAGGACGCUGAACAAAUUAAAAACCACAAUUUCUUCAAACACAUAAAUUGGCAGGACGUGAUUGCUCGGAAGUUGGAUCCACCGUUCAAGCCAUCCCUAAAGAGUGCCGACGACACGUCUCAAUUCGACGAGCAAUUUACAGCGACUGUGCCGGUCGAUUCACCGGUUGAGAGUACUCUCAGUGAAUCUGCAAACAUGAUAUUUCAGGGUUUCACAUACGUAGCGCCGAGUGUCCUGGAGGAAAUGUAUGCACAGCCAAGAGUUGUCAACGCUAGAAGCCCGCGUAGAGGACUAUUAAACAAUACGGGUUUUGGUGCAGCAGCGAGUCUACAUGGUUUCUCCUCGCCUAGGACGAUGGAUGUUCAUUUGCGCCCAUCGUUAGACCUCCAACAACAACACAGACAACAUAUGAUGGGACCUAAUACCAUAGAGGAUACCGAAAUGGUUGAUCUUGGCCAAUUACCGAACCGUUUAUAGUGCUGCGACCCAUUGCGCGCAACCUAUUAGCUUUUUAAUGCAAAUUAAGGAGGAUGAAAGGAACAUAGCUCAUAAAUCUGUUUGAAUCAUUUCUUCUCACAUUCAUGUGUGACGACAAACAGAGUUAUAUUUAGCAAAUUUAAUAUAUUAUGUAUAGCAAAAAGUUAUAAGCACAGUGAGUUUGUGAUCAGUCUUCUUGAUGUCGCGAUAUUGUCUGCGCCUGUGUGUGCAACUUUUCUUAAAUCUCUAGCGAUUUCAAAAGACGGCCAAACAUUUCUUCGCAAUGCAACGGAGCGAAUAGUGUAUGUCUUUUUGCUAUGUAAAUACGUGCGGAUAAUUGAGCAAGUACAUUCUUUACAAAAUAUUUAUGGGCAGAAUGCAGUUCAAAUCUAAAGAUUAUAUCACAAUAGUAAUACAGGUAUCGCAAUCAUAUCGUUGAUUGUAACGUAAUUGACUAGUAUUAAACUAUUUCGAACAAUACACAUUGAUUCAUUCAAUAACUCUAAAUUAUAUAUAACGGACACUUUAGAAAUAAUGCUAC